ACUAUGCUUGCAGUACAGAGGUGGCUCUCCUAUUUCUUCCUAGCCUAAGCAGGACCCCUGCACCAAGAGUGCUGGGAAGUAUGCGAGUGAGUAAGAAGAAGUGGCGGAGCCCGGGCGAGACGGAGAAAGGGCGCAGUGUGCGAGAGGAGGGCGCCGAGAGGAGAUCCAGCCGGGGGAAAUUCGCCGAGUCCUGGAAGAGGUUGAGUUCAAAGCAGAGCUCGGUGAAGCGGUCUGGCCUCCAGUCACAACAACAGCAGCAGGCUCAGAAAUCAUGGAUAGAGAGAGCAUUUUGCAAAAGAGAAUGUGUCCACAUAAUACCGAGCACCAAAGACCACCAUAGGUGUUGUUGUGGUCGACUCAUGGGUCAACAUGUUGGAUUGCCUCCAGUCAUUUCCAUCAGUCAGAAUGAAAGUAUUGAAAGCAGAAUUACAAAGAAUGAUUUGCACUCGGAGAAGUGGUCCAUCAGCAAACAUACCCAGCUCAGUCCAACAGAUGCCUUUGGGACUAUUGAAUUCCAGGGAGGAGGGCACUCCAAUAAAGCCAUGUACGUACGUGUUUCAUUUGACACAAAGCCUGAUCUCCUCUUACAUCUAAUGACAAAGGAAUGGCAGCUGGACCUCCCGAAGCUAUUGAUCUCCAUUCAUGGAGGCCUCCAAAACUUUGAACUCCAACCCAAACUCAAGCAAGUAUUUGGGAAAGGUCUAAUUAAAGCUGCUAUGACAACAGGGGCUUGGAUAUUCACUGGAGGUGUGAACACAGGGGUCAUUCGCCAUGUAGGAGAUGCACUGAAGGACCAUGCUUCAAAGUCCAGAGGAAGAAUCUGCAUUAUAGGCAUCGCUCCAUGGGGAAUAGUGGAGAAUCAAGAGGAUCUGAUUGGAAAGGACGUGGUCCGGCCAUAUCAAACAAUGUCCAACCCCUUGAGCAAGCUGACCGUGCUGAACAGCAUGCAUUCACAUUUCAUCCUGGCAGAUAAUGGCACAACAGGAAAAUAUGGAGCAGAAGUGAAGUUGAGGAGGCAACUGGAAAAACACAUUUCCCUGCAGAAGAUUAACACCAAGAUGGGAGUAGGGCUUGAGGUGGGAGGAAUUACUGUCUUCAGAAUGGGAUCAGAGGGACAUCAAGACAUUGAUCUAGCCAUUCUAACAGCUCUCCUGAAAGGAGCCAAUGCCUCAGCACCAGACCAGCUCAGCUUAGCUUUGGCCUGGAACAGAGUGGACAUAGCUCGCAGUCAAAUAUUUAUUUAUGGACAACAGUGGCCGGUGGGCUCCCUGGAGCAGGCCAUGCUCGAUGCUCUAGUUCUGGAUCGUGUAGACUUUGUGAAGUUGCUGAUUGAGAAUGGGGUGAGCAUGCAUCGCUUCCUCACCAUCUCCAGGCUUGAGGAACUCUACAACACAAGACACGGUCCACCAAACACUUUGUACCAGCUCGUCAGGGAUGUUAAAAAGCGGGAAUAUCAAGCUUUCAGCUGGAUCUAUUUUCAGGGGAAUCUCCCUCCUGACUACAGGAUAAGUUUAAUUGACAUUGGAUUGGUGAUUGAAAACCUGAUGGGAGGUGCAUAUCGUUGCAAUUACACUCGGAAAAGAUUUCGAACUCUGUACCACAACUUGUUUGGUCCAAAAAGGCCCAAGGUUCUGAAACUGCUGGGAAUGGAGGAAGAGCCUCCCAUGCGAAGAGGCAGGAAGACAACAAAAAAAAGGGAGGAAGAUGUGGACAUUGACUUGGACGAUCCUGAGAUUAAUCACUUCCCCUACCCUUUCCACGAGCUGAUGCUCUGGGCUGUCCUGAUGAAGCGGCAGAAGAUGGCACUAUUCUUCUGGCAGCACGGCGAGGAAGCCAUGGCCAAGGCUCUCGUCGCUUGCAAGCUCUGCAAAGCCAUGGCCCAUGAAGCCUCAGAGAAUGACAUGGUCGAUGAUAUCUCACAAGAAUUAAACCAUAACUCCAGGGAGUUUGCUCAGCUUGCUGUCGAGCUCCUGGACCAGUCGUACAAGCAGGAGGAGCAGAUGGCUAUGAAGCUGCUGACCUAUGAGCUGAAGAACUGGAGUAACUCGACCUGCCUGCAGCUGGCUGUAGCAGCUAAGCACCGAGAUUUCAUUGCUCACACCUGCAGCCAAAUGCUACUCACUGACAUGUGGAUGGGGAGGCUCCGAAUCCGCAAGAACUCAAGUCUGAAGGUUAUUCUGGGCAUCUUGCUGCCUCCAUCGAUCCUCAGCCUGGAAUUUAAGAACAAGAAUGAGAUGUCGUAUAUGCCACACAACCAAGAGUCAGUCUUGCUGGGGAAGGAAGUGGAAGAGCCAGAGAAACCUGUCAAAGAAAAGGAGGAGGAAGAUAUGGAGUUCACAGCAAUGCUGGACGGGGUGAAUGGAGAAUCAGUUCGAAAGAAAAAUGAAGAGGAAGUACCGACUGUACAUCGAAUGAUUCCCUUUGGAAGAAAGAUUUAUGAAUUUUAUAAUGCUCCAAUCGUCAAGUUCUGGUUUCACACGCUGGCAUACUUUGGCUAUCUGAUGCUUUUUAACUAUAUUGUCUUGGUGAAGAUGGAGCGAUGGCCGUCAGUGCAAGAAUGGAUUGUCAUUUCUUAUAUCUUCACACUCGGCAUAGAGAAGAUGCGAGAGAUCCUGAUGUCAGAGCCUGGGAAAUUGUUGCAGAAGGUGAAGGUCUGGCUGCAGGAAUACUGGAAUAUCACGGAUCUCAUGGCUAUUCUGCUGUUUUCUGUUGGGAUGGUGCUACGCCUGCAGGAGCAGCCGUACAUGAGCUAUGGCCGGGUUAUCUACUGCGUCAACAUCAUUUACUGGUACAUUCGCCUAUUAGACAUCUUCGGGGUCAACAAGUAUCUGGGGCCUUAUGUCAUGAUGAUUGGAAAAAUGAUGAUUGACAUGAUGUAUUUUGUGAUCAUCAUGCUAGUGAUAUUAAUGAGCUUCGGAGUAGCGCGACAAGCAAUUCUUCACCCCAACGAAGACCCUUCCUGGAGGCUGGCGAGAAACAUUUUCUACAUGCCCUAUUGGAUGAUCUACGGAGAAGUGUUUGCUGACCAGAUUGAUCCUCCAUGUGGGGCUGGUUUGACAGAAGAUGGUAAACCUCUGCCACCUUGCAUAACUGGAGCAUGGAUCAUUCCAGCUAUAAUGGCCUGUUAUCUCUUAGUUGCAAAUAUUCUGUUGGUGAAUCUCCUCAUAGCAGUGUUCAACAACACAUUUUUUGAAGUGAAAUCGAUUUCGAACCAAGUUUGGAAGUUUCAAAGGUACCAGCUGAUUAUGACCUUCCACGAGAGACCUGUUCUGCCUCCUCCACUAAUCACUUUCAGUCACAUGACCAUGGUCUGCCAACUCAUUUGCUGCCGCUGGAGAAAGCAGGAGACUGAACAGGAGGAUAAAGAUUAUGGACUUAAACUCUUCAUCACUGAAGAUGAACUAAAGAAGCUGCAUGACUUUGAGGAGCAGUGCAUAGAGGAGUAUUUUCGAGAAAAGGAUGAUAUGUUCAACUCUUCAAAUGAUGAGAGAAUCAGGGUCACUGCUGAACGAGUCGAUAACAUGUCGAUGAGGCUGGAAGAAGUGAACGAAAGGGAACACUUCAUGAAGGCAUCCCUGCAGACCAUGGAUGUCAGACUGGCACAGCUGGAGGAGGUGACAGGACGCAUUGCAUCAGCCUUGGAAAAGCUGGUUGGCAUGGACAAGGGAGAGGCAGGCAAGGUGAGAUCCAGGACCUCCUCGGACUGCACUGACACGGCUUACAUCCUGAGGCAGAGCAGCUUCAACAGCCAGGAGGGCAACAACUACAAACUCCCAGAAUGUGGGGAGCAGGCCGGAGAGGAGCCCAUGUCGCCCACAUCGCCCACCAUCACACCAAGGAUGAGGAGCCACUCCUUCUACAUGGUGAGCCCCAAGCCGCAGGUCGGGAUGGAGCAGAAUGAGUUCCCCUUCAAGGAGAGGUCCCUGAGCUUACAGAGGACCAGCAGCUCGCAAAUGAUGGCUGUGGUGAAGGAGCUGAGACCCGGGCCACCCCCUGACCCUGACCCUGCCCCAGCUCCGGCAGCUGCCCCCCCAGAUGGGAAAAGGCCAUCGUCUUGUAUCGACAUCUAUGUCUCGGCCACUGAGAAGGAGGAGGAGGAGGAGGAAGAGGAGAUGGUGGAGAGUUCCCUGAAGGUGCCCACUGGGCUUGGGCCAUCUGAAAUGAUGGUGGUCAUGCUUGGCAGCCAGGGCUCUUCUCUGGUGUCCAGCCAGUGGCCAGAGGGGAGUGGGACAUACGAGGAGAUGUUUAUCUCAGAUGGCCUGGUGACAGUCCCAGAGAGUGUGCAGACAGCCGAAUGCCUACAGCAGUGGGAGACUGACCCUCCCAUGUACCACACUCUGGAGCGCUCUAAGAGCAGCCGCUACCUGGCCGCCUCCAGCAUCUACGCGGACGACUCGCCGAUGGUCAAGUCGCACAGCUUCGUCUUCCCGUCGCGGGGUUAUUACGGCUGCUGCCUGGGAGUUCCCGUCAAAACGACCGAGUACACCAGCAUCACCGACUGCAUCGACACCCGCUGCGUGUCCGCCCCGCCGCUCGGCAUCGAGCACCCGCACUUGUCCGGCGGCUCGGCCGGAUUGCACUCGGGCAGCCUGGACGAGGUGUGCGCCUCUCACCCGGAGAGAGAGGCCGAGCUGAGCCACCCGAGCUCGGAGAACGAGGAGAGCGAGGGGGAUGUCCGCCCUCCCCCAGCGGAGCCGCUCUGCAACAGCAACAGCGGCGGCGGCGUCCUGCUGUACGGCCCGGACAGCGCAUCCCCGCUCUCCCGGCUGGGGAGAGGGAACAGCUACACCGCCUCGGAGCCCAACGAGCUGGGCUCGCACGCCAGGAAGAGCUGCUCCAUCAGCGACAAACUGGACACCCAGUGGAACUCCCUCCGCACUGAAACCCCCUGCCAGCGCAGCCGCCCCUCCAAGCCGGACGAGGCCAUCUCCCUGAAGACUCUGUCGAGGACGACAGCUUUUCAAAGUUUUGACAGCAGCAAACAGCACAGCUUCACAUAAUUGCCGCUGCCUCCUCUAUUCUUUUAUUGUGGAUCAAAAUGUGUGCUCGUUUCCCCCCACCCUGUGAGAUUCAUUGGCGCCUAAAUGGUGUCCUGUUGGCCACCACCAUAAUCUUGUGUGUUUAAAACACUACCCAAGUGUGUGUAUGCCCUUGGCACAGUGUACUUCCUUGUCCUGAUAUUAAAGGAACCGUGUCACCAUGUGGGGCAGUGGAAUAAUAGUUCUAAACCUCUGGAAAUCCAGGGUGUUGGCAGGGGUGCCAAUUCCCUUAGCAUUACUGUCACUACACCAAACAACGCUUUUCACUAUAUUUGUAAUACACGUGACAAUAGAUUAAUCGAAUCCAAUCCAUGUCAGAUGCUGGAAGCAGCAAGGAAUCACCCUUCUGCCUCCCCUAUGCCUUCAACAGUGCCAGGUUAUUUAAAGGUUUCAGAAGUCAGGCCAUAGAAUCAUACAUUUAUAGCACAAGAGGAGGUUAUUCGACACAUCAUCUAGAGUCAUAGAGACGUACAGCACAGAAGCAGACCUUUCGGUCCAACUCGUCCAUGCCGACCAGAUAGCCGAAAUUCAUCAAAUCCCAUU